AUGUUCAAUUAUAGAAGGUUGGACAUGGAAUUCUAUUAGAAUGUUUAUUAGAUUAAUUAUAAAUUGAAUCUACAUAUUUAACAAACUCUUAGAUUCCUCCUUGUUGAGAAGUUUAGGAAGAUGCAGAUAAAGUUAACAAAAUAUUAAAAAAUCUUAAAGGUUAAUCAAAUGAAUAUAUUAAGAGCAUACUUUGCAUAAUUACAUGAUCAACAAUCCAUAAUAGAAAGAGAACAUAAAAUAUUUGAUAAUUUAUGUUAUCCAGGGAUUGAUAGAUAAGGAUUGCAAGAAAUUCCAGAAAAAUCAGAGAAAUUAAGAAAAGCUAACAAAUCUAAAUUAUAUCCAUUUGUAAAUGUAGAUGUUAAUGAAUUUGAAAGGAGAUAAUUGUUAUUGUAAUUUGAAGAAUUGUUCAAAGAAAAAGAAUGGCAUUUUGGUGAUAUAAUAUAUAUGGAGAGACAUAAUAGAAAUACAUUAAGAUAGAAAUUCUAUAAAGCUUUAUNACAUUACAUGUUAAAGAGAGAAUAAGUAAUUGGGGUGCGUUUGAUAAUAAUUAAAUCGAAUAAUCUGAAGAAUUACAAGAUGAUUUUGAAAAGUAAAUUGAAGAAUUUGUUCCAUCUCCUCCUAUUAAACGAUAAUAUUCUGAAGAAUCACUUAAUUAUAUUGAAAAUGAAAGAAAUUUUACUGAUCAUUUCAAAUCAAUAAGAGGAUCAUCACUUCCUACUGAUCCAUUGA